AUGUGGCAUUAUAACCUAUUUAUCUUGAGUAAUAGGAAACAUAAUUUGAUUAAUCACUCAGCCCUGCACUGUGUGGGUUUACUGACUGAAUUUGACACUGUGUUUUAUAGUGUGGAUCAUGGAGGAGAGUUCAGGAUUACAGCAGGACUACUCAAAUAUGCCUGUGAUCUCACACUGGAUCCAAACACAGCUCACAAUUAUCUCAUUCUGUCUGAGGAGAACAGAAAGGUGACACAUGUGAGAGAGUCUCAGUCAUAUCCUGAUCAUCCAGAGAGAUUUGACAAGUCUCUUCAAGUUCUGAGUAGAGAGAGUCUGUCUGGACACUGUUACUGGGAAGCUGAAUGGAGUGGAGAUGCUGUUAUAUCAGUGACAUAUAAAGGAAUCAACAGGAAAGGACGGAGUGAUGACUGUUUGUUUGGAUGCAAUAAAAGCUCCUGGAGUCUGAAACGCUCUAAUGACAAAUUCACUGUCUGUCAUGAAAAUAAGUUCACUGUCAUCCAUGUCCCUUCAGGCUCCUGUAAGAGAAUCGGAGUGUAUGUGGACGUGGCGACCGGCACUCUGUCCUUCUACAGCGUCUCUGACACACACACACUCACACACUUGCACACAUUCACCUCCACAUUACACACUCAGUCUCUCUGUGCUGGAUUUAGGGUCUAUGGUUUGAACUCCUCAGUGUCUCUGUGUGAGAUUGAAAAGCUUGUGAGCAACAUCACAGAGAAAAAGCUCAGGAGAAACAACCCUGACUGAAAGAAAUACUCACACUUUAUAUGUUUUAUUAACAAAAAUCGUGAGGAGCACAUGAUCUACCCAAUCAGUACAAUUGGAGGCCUAGAUAUAGAUAGCCGACACACCUCCAUUCCUCGACAGUCUUUUCUGAGUCCCUUCGCCACCCCGACCACUCACUCUCGGCUAGUUCCUAUCCCAGCCAGGGAUUUGGGGGAGUACUCUGGCUUCGGGCCACAUUCCAAGCUCGGAACUGUCCUCGGACAGCACACCAAAUAUUUCACGUGAACUCAUGAAAUACUGUUUAUGUACUGUCAGUUACCCAGCAUGCUUUGCAUCUGUAUAAGCUCUGACUGUCCAUUUACUCGUAAAGAGUAAAUUAAGUGUAAUUAAGUGAAACUGGUUUGGUGGAGUUUUAUUUUUUAUAUAUUUAGUUUAUAGUUUUUUAUAUCUCACUUAUAUAAAGGUAUUGUUUGUAUAAUUGUAUGUUUUCUUUUUUUUUCUCCUGUGAAGCGCUUUGAGAUGCUACUUUUUAAAGUUUAUUAUUAUUUGUUAGUUAAAUGUCCAGAAUUGUGUGUAAGGUCAUAUGUUGUGUUUAUGUUUUAUCACUGUUGAAUUGUCUAGUCUCAGAAAUGUAGUGCCACUUUACGGCCAUGUUCAAUAAUGUUUUUUUUCUAUCUUAUACAUUAUAUUUAUUCAGCAUACUAUACUGAAUAGAGUUUAAAUAUGGACUAGGUUCGACUCGAGGAGGAUUCAUUUGGUUGAGUCAAUUGAUAUUUAAUAAAUUAACAGCCGGCUCUUUUAUUGCAAACAUGCAAGAAAAUAAAGUUUGAAUAAACAAUUACCACAAUUUAAACAAAUACACAAUUGUCUUCAUCAAACUCAACACCAUGAACAAAGUGGAAGAAUGGUUUUGUGGUCCAAAUGGUCCAAAGUUGUAUGUGAAUUCGAUGAAUCAAAACAAAUAAAUCAAAGUCUCAAUAGUCAAUAGUCCUUAUAACUCC